AAUAACAGAACACUAGUUUUGGCGCGUUCUAUAGAAAGAAAAAAAACUCCAUACUCUCUAAUCUUUAUCCUGUCUCCGUCGCGUAGUUCAAGAAGAUUUCCUCUGAUCAUCUUUAAGUAUCUCUCUCCCUCCUCCUCAUCUUUACCUAACACUUGCCUUCCAUUCUUUCUCGAUCCCUCCGUUUUUUUUUUUUUUUUGGUAAAAUAGCCAUCUCGAUCCCUCCUGUCACGGAACAUGAACACUUCAUCGCCGUUGAAAGUCUUUGCUUCUCCUCCUCUCAUUUCUACUCCAAGAACAACUUCAAAAGCUUUCUCUACCUCUAAAUUUUCUCCUAAACUCCCUAAAAGGGUCAGAUGCAUGCAAGAUUCUAACAUCAAUCUUAACUUCGGUUACAAAUCGAAACCAAACCACGAGUUUCCCGUUUCUUUCGCGACGGCUUCCGUUGAAGCACCCCUGGCAAUAACAACAAGAACAACAUCGGCCGACGAGAAGCUUCGUCUCCUCGUAUCCGAGUUCCGGUCCUUAACCGAACCAAUCGACCGAGUCAAACGUCUCUUGAACUACGCGAUGGAUCUAGCUCCACUCGACGACUCGGCUCGUGUCCCGGAGAACAGAGUCCCGGGAUGCACGACUCAGGUAUGGUUAGACAUCAAGAUGGACGAGUUAGGUAGGAUGAGGUUUAGAGCAGACAGCGAUUCAGAGAUCUCGAAAGGGUUCUGUUCUUGUCUUAUCUGGAUCCUCGACGGUGCUAAACCAGAGGAAGUGAUGAACGUGAGAGGCGAGGACUUGGCGGAGAUGAACGUCGGUGUUCACGGUAAGGCUCAAUCACGGGUUAACACGUGGCACAACGUGUUGAUGAGUAUGCAAAAACGGACUAUGGCUCUUGUUGUUGAUGCCGACAUGGCGCACUCAGGAAGAGGCAGAGCACCACCCCAUCAGCAUGAUCUUUUGUUUGGUUAUGCUAAUGGAAGAAGUUACAUGGAAUCUUCUGAGGGUCAGCAUGAUUAUUCCAUUUCGCUUCUUCCUUUGUAUUAUGAUUUCACUAUAUGAAUGUUUUGGUGUUUUCUGUAGAUUGUUGUAAAGCCUUCUGAAACAUAAAUUAAAAGUUUGUGUUUCUGUAUUCUGUAAAUUUUAAUUUUAGUUAUCUAUAUGCAUAUACCAAAGCAUUAAGAA